CAGCUACAGGUUUCUAGUGUUCUGGCCAUGAGGGCCCGGAGGCACCCUGGAAUCACACAGGGGACAUCAGAGAGCAAGUCAUGUCUCUAAACUACAUCAAGAACUUCUACGAAGGAUGUCUCAGGCCUCCUACAGUGAUAGGCCAGUUCCACACGUUGUUCUUCGGCUCGGUCCGGAUGUUCUUUCUGGGGGUUCUUGGCUUCGCAGUCUAUGGGAAUGAAGCUCUGCAUUUCAGCUGUGAUCCGGAUCGCCGAGAGCUCAACCUGUUCUGCUACAACCAGUUCAGACCAAUAACACCUCAGGUCUUUUGGGCAUUACAGCUGGUAACUGUGCUGGUUCCAGGAGCUUGGUUCCAUCUCUACGCCGCUUGUAAGAAUAUAGACCAAGAGGAAAUUCUUGAACGGCCCAUUUACACCGUCUUCUACAUUAUUUCUGUUCUUCUACGCAUCAUUCUAGAAAUCAUCGCCUUCUGGCUACAGAGCCACCUCUUUGGCUUUCAGGUUCACCCAGUGUAUGUGUGCGAUGCCAGCUCCUUGGAGAAGGCCUUCAAUGUGACUAAGUGCAUGGUACCUGAACACUUUGAAAAAACCAUUUUCCUCAGUGCUAUGUACACCUUCACUGUGAUCACCAUCCUUCUCUGCAUUGCUGAGAUAUUUGAGAUACUCUUCCGGCGACUUGGUUAUCUCAACAAUCAAUGACAGAAAUGUUCAUGCACAAAAUACAGUGAGUGAAAAUAUCUGACAUAUUUUCAGCCUGUUCAUGUUAGGCUCUUUGUCAUCAAGAUUUUCAUGAAGCAGAAAGUCAAUGCUAGAGCCAGACCUCACCUGCAGUACAACAGCAGUGAACAGCAGAAAUCUACUAAGGUGCUGUCAUGUCAGGGCUGGCCAGAACCAACUGUUGUUUUGGUGUUUGUUGCCUUUAAGUAUAGAGUGACCAUCCAUUGUUAUAUUUUAGAAGUGAGAAGGUUCUGUACUGGCUUGGUCGAACAGUGUUGUAUGAUUGGACUGGAUGGUGAGAGAGUAUCAGCUUCAUAGAGCUACUAAGAUCGCUACCAAUUCUUUGGAUUAGUGGGAAAGAAAAAUCCAUUUUGGCCCAAACUUGAGGAUUUAUAACAACAUGAGGACCGCUGAAAUCUAAACAUUUGUUAGAGAUGAACCUCACAUCUAAUACUUUACUGAAUAAAAGCUUGGGAGAUUUAGCUGUACAUAUUAUAUGACCUUCCAUUCACCAAAUACACCAAUUUCCAACAACCUAAUGCAUCUACUCUUGAACUACUUGUGUUAUUCCAAGGUAAAUAAAUGGCAGCUGUCAUUGAUAUCCAUACUGUCAUGUAUACCAGUUAGUGCUUGAUCGGGCUAAAACAAAAGGCUGGUGGUCUUGCAACAAGCCUCAGCUCUCCCACCAAUCCAAAGCACCAGAAAGGCCAACUACCUAAGUUCACCUCCAUGAAAUGCAAAGCAAUCCAAAGUCGGAAUUAAGAUAAAAGAAGCAAUAGAAAACUUUGUUGUGUUGAUUUUUAAGCUCAAGAAGUAUUAAUGAGAAUAUUUAUACAACGUACAAGUGCUAAUUGAAAAUAUUUUGUUUAUUCCUUGCUUAACAAAAAAACUUCUACAAUAAGUAGUUAUUAUUUUUAACAGGUGUGAACAAAAUUUGAUGAAUCUGAAGAACUAAAUUGUUCUGAUACGUCUCGGGGCUUGUUUAGAGCAGAUGCCCUCAAGCUUUUUUCUAUGUCUAUGUUCUGGAUAUUUAUUCUUUAACCAUUGAAUUUAAUAACGUCCUCUACAUCCAAAUAUCAAAUAUAUUAGCAUUCAUUUGAUUUUGAUCACUUCACGCAUUUUCCUUUUGAAGUCAGUAUCUUUCAAUGGGAAUAUGAUUACCUCUCCUGUACUGUUUUGUUCUUUUAUACUCAUACAUCCAUCCAACUUUUGUUGUGACGUUUUCCGCAAUCUGUUUAUCAUCUCAGGUACAAGAUUGUAUAGCAAGACAAAAGUGGAUCGCACCUUUUAAGUUACCUUUACGCAAUGAAAUCUGUAUAGUUGAUUUCAAGCUACUGUGUCAUAGACCUGGGCCUAACAGACCUUUUGUUAGGCAGUGCAAGGAUUUUCAUACAAUGUCUCUACUGUGAAUUUGUUUUGCCUGCAUUCUGGUUUCAAUUAACUGGCAGAAGGCUCACACAAGGAUUUUCAGUUAGCAUACAUAUUUUUAAAAUAGUUUCAGUCGGUUCUAUCAGGCCAGGCUCACGUUUAGCAAACAUUAAUAGAAUUAUAAAUCAUUAAUGGGUAAACCUUUAAACUUUAAAUAUUUGAAUUAAAAGGCUAGAUCAAAGAGUGGCUUUUACAUUUGUCCUGCCGAAGCAGUAGAGACAAAAACUGUGUACAAAUAUACAUUGAAGUUAUGUCACACAUUUACAGGGGAAUAGGGGGAAAACCUGAGCAAUGACACCAACUCAAAUUUAUGCUAACCUUCGAGGUGUAUUAAAUUGAGUGCAUUUUUUAGCACUUAGUCUUAUCAACUGCUUAAAGUAGAACCAUUCAAAGUGCUUUCACACUAUCAGUCACAUGCCCAUGGGUUCAGUGUCCUGGCAGAUGGGAAGCCGGGGUCAAACUCACAAACUCUCGUUUUUGAUAUGGCUAUUUUUCCCAACUACCAAUUAGCAUGCUAACUAUAGCAACAGCUUCAACAGAUUAGUAUCCAUCCUUCAUUCCAUUCAUUCAUCCGUUGCUUUCCGCUUAUUUGAGAUAGGUUCGCAGGGGUAAUAGGUCCAUGAGGAAAACCUAAAAUCUGUCAGAUAAGUGGUCAGGUGACCAUGGAGAUCAGCUUUAAAAGGAAGUGCUUCUCACCUGUUCAUUGCUCAGAUAUCCUGUCAGAGAAAAGACUGAACGCAUGAAUACUAAGAUAGGUGUUAGUGUGUGCUGGGGAAACCCCAACCGCGGCAGAAGUUAGCAGUGGGUAGAUGGAAGCACACAAUUUAAAAUAGUAACACCUAAAGCGCUAAAUAGGAUCUCGGGUAAGAGACAGUGUUACAAAUGGACCUGGAUUCCAACGGGGAAAACAGAGAGAAAGAAGGAAUGAAACUUACCAGAGUGGAUGCUCGGCUGAUACACAAGAAGGAUCAGAGCUUGUGACAUGAAGGAAUGAUGUCUGAGCGACAAACAGGUGAGAAGCAAUUCCUUUUAAAGCCGAUCUCCAUGGUCACCUAACCACUUAUCGGUCAACAUCCUUCUCUCCAAUAGCCCUCUCUAGCUCAUUCUGGGGAUCCCAAGUGGAUCUCAGACCAGAAUGUAUAAAAAGUUCCCAGAGGAUGUUCUGGAUAUUUCCCAGUAUCUCCUCCCAAUGAGUCAUGCCUCCUCCAGGUCCACAAAAUACACGUGGACUAGAGAACAAAACUCCCAUGACCCCGUCAGCAGUUCUGUGAAGGUAAAGAUCUGGUUCACAGUGUCAUAUUUAGGAUGAAAACCACAUUGUUUCUCUCAAAUUCGAUGCUCUUCAAUUGGUGAGAGCCUCUAUUUCACAGCUUUAUUAUAAUCUUUCCUAGGGAGGCUCAGAAGUGUGAUGGCGUUAUAGCUAGAACACACCCUUAAUAAUUUGGGUCCUGGUGUGCCAAACUACAGAUGUUUUCCCAGUCCUCUAUUGGCCAUUAAAGAUGCAUGUCAACCAUGACAACCCCAAAAUAUCCAGAGCCCUCAGCACGCUGGGCCGAAACUAAUCAACUCCUGGCACACUGCUACUGGGGAGCUUUUUAACUGCCUUAGUAAUCCCUUACUAACAGGGAUAAUACCCUUAUCCCUGUCAGGGUAAGGGUAUUUCUUGGUCUGAGGACCACAGUCGCACCUCCACAAACAAAACACUGUCUGGGAUGGUCAGUGUUUUCCCUUUAUGAGCUAUCAGACAGAUUUUCAGAACUUCCUUGAGGCCAACCAUAAAUUCUUCUUUAUUUUCGGAAUUACUACAAUGUUAUUGUUUCUGAAACCACUGAUGCUUCAGUCCUUCAGACUACCCAAUACCUGAUCGCUGUUUCAGAAGUCCCCAGAGCCAACUAUGCCCUGUAAACUUCGCCUUCAGCUCGAGGGCUUCCGUCACUCAUGGUGUUCACCAAUGGGUCCUCUGGUUGCUGCCUCAACAGGCACCAAUGCCUUCUGGCCAUAGCUACUAGAAGCAGCAUCUUGGAUUCUAUGUCCCAAUGCUUCUUAGAAGAAAGAUGAGAAACUCAGAGAUGUAAGUAGAAGGUCUUCGGCCCAAGGCAUAAUACUAGAGGUCUGGUGAUCCAACUGCAAAAUCCAUCAUUGACCUUUGGUCCAAAAUUGCCUAAUAUCAAGUACACUUAUCAAUAUGCUAAAUGGUUCUCAAACAUAGUGUUUGUUAUGGACAAGAAAUGCCUAAUUCCAAAAUCCCAAGCAAACACCACGACUGGGAGGUCAUUCUUCCCAAUCACACCACUCCAAGCAGUGCAAUCAUUGCCCACUUGGCAAUGAAGUCCCCCAGGAGUUAAAAAGAGCUAGAGAUGGAGAGAGUCCUGCCCUUUUCACUUCAGAUACAAUGCUCUCUAGAGUUGGUAGCUAGUAUGCUAACCAGUAGUUGCUUCUAUACACAAGUAUUCUAACUGGUUGUAGCUACUACAGAUAUGAAUGCUAAUUGUGGUUGGUUACCACUAUGCUAACCAUCAGUUACAAUUGAUUUAACAUGCUAGCCAGUAUCUACUACAACUGAUUUGCAUGCUAACUAGGAACAGCUUUAGGUUUGUUGUAGGAACUACUACCAGUUAACUAAUUGUGCAUAGUAACUGGCUAAUCAGUAAGAGCCACUAUGGAUUAGUGUAUUAAAAUGGUAGCAAAUAUACUGAUUAAACAAAACAUUUGUAAAGUGUCAACACAGAACUCUGACAGGUUUUGAGACAUACUUAAAACUACUCCCAAAAUCAGGGAGUAAUUCUUUAUGAAAUACAAAUCAAAGGUUUAAACACAUCUACUAUAUCAAUUCAAAAUACAUGUAAAACUGUGUUCAAGAUUUCUACUACUGCAUGUAUUCUACUGCUUUAAUUCCUAUUUAUACUUUUGUUUGUACUGAUGUUGUAACUGGCUAAGUGUAAAAAAUCGUAAAUGCUUUUUACAUUUUUCUUCUCAGAUCUGUGUCUUUUUACUGAGAUUUUAUCCUUGAAAAAUGUUUUAAACCUUGUAGCUACAUCAAAAUCAAUAAGGUACACUUCACAACCAAUGUAUGCUUACUCAAACUGUUUGUCUGAUUGCUGAAAUAUAUUGCAUACGUAAUUUUCAUAUUUGUUUUGUCCUGACAUGAAUAAAAAAAAUGUUAUCCAA